AUGUCGAGUCGAAGUAGGCGAAUUCUUCAAGCGGCACUGGAAAAUAUCGAAAAUGAUAAAAAUGUAUGCAACGAAAGCUCACAUUGUGUUUAUGGAGAAGCAGAUCAAAAGGAUUUAGGCAUGGAUAGUGAAUGGGAGGAGUGCAUUGUCAGUCAUAUUGAUGGCACUGUUAUACCAAUUUCGACUACUGAUGAAGCAUUUAUAAUAGAAGAGGAAGUGGAAGAUUCUAACGUAGAGCAUACUUCAGCGAAUCCAGUGAUGGAGGUGAAUACUGUGCAAAAUCAAACUACGGAUGUAAAAACACAAAACGAUGGAAGAGAUUUGGAUGAAGUGCGCACAUCAAUCGAACAAAAUGGGGGAACCCUUGGAGAGGGAGGUAAUAGUUCAUGCUCAAGUUCGUGGUCAGAUAGUCCAGUUUCACGUAUAAGUAAGAAACGUCUUAAAGCCAAAAAAAGCAGAGUUGCCGGGUUAUCUUAUGUUGGCUACAAAAAAUCCGAUGAUGGUAAAAUAAAACAAAAUUGUAUGAAGACAUCGAGAUCAGUAAAGGAGCGUUGUAGUCACACUUUAUGCGGUAAGAAAAGUGAAAGAAGUUUUCUUUGUAACAUGGUAUCUGAAAACGAUAGGCAACGAAUUUUCAAGAAAUUUUGGAAUUUUAGUAGCUGGCCUGAAAAGAAAGCAUUCGUUAAAGGAUUGACUAGCACCAGAGAUGUUAGAAGAAGGAGAAAAGACGCAAACAAUAACUCAAAAAAGAAAGAAGGACACGAUAUAUUCUUGCCGAAAUGUAAUGGAGAAAGAGUAAGGGUUUGCAGACGUUUCUUUAUUAAUACACUUGAUCUAGGGGAAGAUACAUUUAGGAGAUGGGUUAGACGAAGCGACACUUUUGCAGAAAAUGAAACCGAACGGGACGACAUACCGAAACGGAAGAAGAGAACAAUAGCAGAAGGAGUUAAGAAGAAAAUUCACAAUGAAAUGAAAAACAAUAUUUUAAAAUGGUUAGCGCUGCUCCCUAAGGUUCCUAGGCAUUAUUGCCGAAGUACAAGCAGUUGUACUUACGUAGAAUCGACAUUUAGAUCUCUGUCACACAUGUAUAGUGUAUAUGAAGACUGGUGCAAAAGUAAUGAUACAAAGGCAGCCUCAAGAACAUUCUUUUUAGAUGUCCUUAAGCAGGAAAAAAUUAAGAUACAUUCACCUCGUAAGGACCAAUGCGACAUAUGUUGUGGGUACAAGGUAAAAUCGGUUUCCUACGAUGAAUAUCAAAAGCAUAUCAUUAUGAAAAACGAAGCUCGAGAUGCAAAGAAUAAAGCAAAGGCUGAGGCUAAUGACACACAUCUCGUCCUGACUAUGGAUCUACAAAGUGUUUUAUUAUGCCCUAAAACUGAUGCCUCUAGGAUGUAUUACAAACAGAAGCUACAACUACACAAUUUUACUAUUUUUGUGCUAAAUAACAAAGAAGUAUCUCUUUAUGUCUGGCAUGAGUCAAAUGGCGGAGUAUCCUCGAACGAGUUUGCCACAUGUGUGAUAGAUUUUCUGUCAUCUUGUGAACACAAGUACCAAACAGUUACGUUAAUAUCUGAUGGCUGCACAUACCAAAAUCGAAAUAAGGUUCUAGGUAGUGCUCUGCGUGAUUAUGCAGUGCAGUCAGGAAUUCUUAUCAGACAACUCUUUUUAGAGAAGGGCCACACCAUGAUGGAGUGUGACAGCGUACACGCUUCGCUUGAGAAGUACUUCGUCCCACCAAUAAAUUCACCUAGCGAUUAUAUUGCUCAAAUGAGAAGCGCUAGACCCAAACAACCAUAUAAAAUCAACGUACUGGAUUACAAAUUUUUUCUCAAUUUCGAAAAAUUGUCAACAAAUCUCCGAUCUUUGCGACCUGGGAAGAAAGUGGGCGAUCCACACGUUGUGGACAUCCGAGCACUGGAAUAUCGCCCGACUGGCGAUAUAUUUUACAAAAUACGGCACAGUGAGGAAUUUGAAGAGUUACCCCAACGAGUUUUCACACGAUAUGUUCAAAAACCACCUCCAUUGUAUUCCUGUGAAAUUCCCAUAGCUGAAACGAAAUGGAAAUGCCUUCAAGAACUAAAAGGUGUGAUAGAAGAAGAGCAUCAUCAUUUUUAUGACAAGUUGACCUUCAAAAAAGACAAAAACACUGUAAAAAAGUGCAAUUCCAACUCGUAG